AGCACUCAGAGACUAGGCGUGGUACUCUGUUGGUGCAAUAAGCCUUGUGUGGUCAAGACAUCCGCCACAGAGUUAAACCCAGGCAGGCAGUUCUAUGGGUGUCCUUUUUGGAAGGACGAGACCAAGAAUUGUCGCUUUUUUAGGUGGGUGCGACAGAAUGCUGAUGAAGAUAAGCAAGCAAACUCUGAAAGUAGUUGUUCGAUUCUGAAGCUCGAAGACAGUUUGCGUACAGCACAGUGUAAGGCUGAGAGGAGGAAGAAAGAGAUGAAAAUUCUGUCCGAUGAGUUAUCUAGAUUGAUGAAAGCACAUGAGAUUAUGGUUGCUGAAGGGAGG